UGGGAGGCGAGAUUACACCAUCUUCUGGUGCCAUUGCCACUGACCUUAACCGUUUGAAUUUUCGGCUUUCGCCAACACACGCAGUUAGUUACGGGUUUGAAAAAUCAAAACAUAUUGAAUGGAUAAUUGAUAACACUUAAUGGGGCGAUGAACCCCAUCGGUUCGAUCGGACCAAAUGGGUGCCGUGCAUAAUUAGUCAACACCAACCAGCAGCAACUUGUUUUCCGAGGCGUUCCGCGGUGUCCACCAGCAAACAACGAGAAUUUCAGCGCACAGAGCGCACACGAGUGUGCAAUUAAACCAGUUACAAAAGCUGACCUGCUUAGCCUGUCGACUGGCUGGCUGGAUUAGAAAGACAUGGGCCAGCUGCCCGCCGCGCAUGCGCAGUAUCCGCCUGGUCUUUAAGUGGAGCAGAUCACCCGAAAGUGAAAGGAUUACGAAAUGCAUCGUUACACACUACUUGGUGCCUGUUUCUUGCUCCUGACAGCAUCCUCCAAAGCCUUGGAGAGUGUUUUCGGGGCAUUUAACCUGGAGCUGGAGUUUCCUUCGCCGCAAGAAAGAGAGCGAGCCCUGCGGGAGGGCCUCUACGAUCCCAGCAAUGUGAUUCCCAUAGAUGUGGACGUGUAUUACAAACAUGGUGAUCCGACGCCUUCCAUUUUCGUGACAAUUCCGCGGUUCGCCAAGGGCGUGCCCUAUUCCCUGGCCUAUGUGACCAACGAGAUGCGCCCGAAUGGAACUCUGCUUCAGGCCUAUCCGAGCUACGAAUGGCACAAAACCCAUGGAGCCGAUUGCAACGGCCUGACUUCGGUCUACAGGACACAGAUAGACGAAUGCGGACGUAUGUGGAUAUUGGACAGUGGCGAGAUAGACUUUAUCCAGCAUUGCCCGCCGCAGCUGUAUGCCAUCGACUUGGAAAAUGGAAGAAUUGUGCACCAGUACCGGAUGCCCAAGCGAUUGUACAAGGAAGGUGUCAGCCGCUUUGUGACCCCAACCGUGGAGCUGCAUCCCCAAAACUGCGACGUGGGCUACGUAUACAUGGCGGACUCCAUAGGAGAUGGAAUCGUUGUGUAUGACGUGGCCGCCCAGCAGUCGUGGCGCAUUGAGAACAAGUUCACCUAUCCACACCCGGACUUUGGAACGUUUACCAUUGCGGGAGAGAGCUUCCAGCUAUGGGACGGAACCGUGUCCACCACUGUAACCCCCCAUGGGCUGGGAGGGCGACGCAUGUUGUACUUCCACUCCCUGUCGAGCGAAUGGCAGAUGGCCAUCCCCCUGGAUGUGGUGAAUAAUGGCAGCAACUGGCGGCUGAACGAUGUGAGCGCCGCCCUGGAUCAGUUCCAGCUUUUGGGCAAAAGGGGUAGCCAGUGUGUGGGUGCGGCCAUGAGUGAGUCUGGAUAUCUGAUCUGUGGCCUGGUAAAUCCAGCCAGUCUUCUGGCUUGGAACAUCGGGACACCCUACGCUCAUCAGAAUCUGGUGAUGCUGGUCGAGGACGAGGAGCGACUGCAGUUCACCAGCGGAAUCAAAAUUGUGAGAAAUCACGAGGGAAAGGAAGAACUAUGGGCGCUGUCCAACCGCCUGCAGAAAGCUUUUGGUGCUGGCUUGAAUUUCAAGGAAAUCAACUUUCGCAUUCAGAAAUGUGGUGUUCAAGAGCUGCUUAGCGGCAGACCGUGCUAUUAAUGUUGCAACAGAUCAAUUAUACUCAAUUAUUUAAAAAAAAAAAAGCUUGUAUUUGCU